UAGUCACACGUGCGCUACGACGUAGCCCCGUAGCUCGUAGCCGCUACGAACUAGCAAGUGUUGACCCAAAGUGAACCAAAGUGAAUGUUGUUGCAUAAAAUACAUAAAUGUGAAUAUAAAUUGAGCAAUUUUUCGGUUUAGAAUUUACUUUGCUGUAAAUUUUAAACAAAGUAAGAAAAGUAAAAUAUCAUCAUGAAUAUCAUAAUCAAAUUGAGUGUAGUGUGUAACGGCCAAAAACUGUACAGUUUUACAGUGCGUUUAAUUUGCAUACUGUAUGUUUGACUUUUAACAGUGUUGUGUGUUGACAGUAGCAUGUGCCAAGUGUUGAUAUAAAAUGUUGAACGGGACAGACAAGGGGGGCCUUUCUCUCCAAUCGUCGCCUGUGAAAGCGUCCCCCUCGCCGGUGAGGGCCUCGUCGAGUCCUGUGAGGGUCCCAUCGUCCCCUUUAAAGUCAUCGCUGUCGCCAGCGGGGAAACAAAGGUCACCUAGAAGGUGCCAGUUUGCCCCUCCCAUAGAAGAUGCGAGGGACAAAUGUGGAUCUUCGUGGUUAUGUCGACGAGGUGCUGGGGCGGAGGUCGCGGAGGACUCGGGGUCAGAGUCGCCAGGCCCCAGCGCGUCGUUGCCCUUGCCCCAAGGCUGUGAAGAGUCUGCCCCGCCCCCGAAAAAUUGCUUCAGACUCGUUAUGUUGGGGUCAGCCCGCGUAGGCAAAACGUCCCUGGUCGCGAGGUUCCUGGGCACUAAGUUUGAAGACUGCUACACACCUACCAUAGAAGACUUCCACCGCAAGCUGUAUAGGAUCCGAGGAGAAGUGUACCAACUCGACCUGUUGGAUACAUCAGGCAACCACCCGUUUCCUGCUAUGAGGAGACUCUCUUUUUUAACUGGUGACCUCUUCGUGCUGGUGUUCGCGAUGGACUGUCGCGAGUCGUUCGAGGAGGUGAUUCGUCUCCGGGAGCAGAUCCUGGAGACCAAGGCCAGUGCCAGCAGCAGCAGUCGAGGCCGGAAACAGGCGCCGAGAGUUCCCAUGGCGAUAGCUGGCAACAAGUGCGACAGAGACUUAAAGACUGUUCAACCCGAAGAGGCCAGCGCGUACUGCGCAACGCAAGAUUCGGCAUGCGUGUUCGUCGAGACAUCAGCCAAAAGGAACUUCCACGUCGACGACCUAUUCUAUGAACUUUUCGUUGUAGCAAAUUUACCUUUAGAAAUGGCCCCAAAUCACCACAAACGGGUGAGCACAGCGUUCGGCAGCCCGUGUACCCUACCCCCAACCAGUAGUCAAAGUAGCAGAAGUAAGAAAUGCACCUUAUCGAUAAAAAGAAGAUUGUCAGAUGCCUGUGGUGUAGUCGCUCCGAACGUUAGAAGACCUAGUAUCCGUACUGAUCUAAUGAUCAUGAGAACCAAAACAUGUGCCAAAGGGGAUAACGAUAGCGUCAGUGGCAGUCCGAAGCUCAAUUUGAAUAGGCUAGUACGUUCGAAUCCGCAAAACGACAAACGGUCGUGCGCGAUUCAGUGAUAGUAACAAUAGAGGAAUAUAGGAUUAUAAAAUGUUGGUUUGGAAGAUUUGGACAGGUGCUAUAUAAAAUCUGGAUCAAGCUGUAGACGAUUAGCUUGGAUCCCAGUCCGAUUUCGAGUCUCUAAUACUUGUAACCCUACCUGUGAAUGCAUCAUCAGUAAGAAAGAUCCGUUUUAGUUACUACUGAAAAUAAUCUCAACGUCGUGAUCAUUUCAACCGAUCGACAAAAAUCGUUUGUACUAUAUGAGAAUUGGAUUGGCUCUGCAAAAGUAAAGUCAAUCAGUAGCAC